AUGACGUCUAAUAGCGAUCUCGAUUUCAGUUUUGAAGAGAAGAAAUACAACGACAUGAGCGAUGUUGAACAGCAGGAGGAAGACAACGACAUCUACUAUUCUGAAGAGAGAGAAAACAACAUCAGUUAUAAUGAGAAGGAUGAAGAAAACAACACCAGUUAUAAUGAAGAGGGGGAAGAUUGCGGAGAUAAUCUAUAUGCGGGAUCUAUGAGUGAGGGAGUUGAAGAUGAAGUCGAAGCAGAGUACUGGUCUGAUGAAGAUAACGAUGGGUGUAGAUCACCUGUAAGUCUACAUACAUCGUCUGGUGCCUUUUAA